UUUAGAUUCUGCAAAUCAAAAUGCCACAGAAACUUUAAAAAGAAGCGAAAUCCCAGAAAGAUGAGAUGGACCAAAGCAUUCCGGAAGGCAGCUGGAAAGGAGCUGACAGUGGAUAAUUCAUUUGAGUUUGAAAAACGUAGAAAUGAACCAGUGAAAUACCAGAGAGAGCUGUGGAACAAGACUGUUGAUGCAAUGAAGAGGGUGGAGGAAAUAAAGCAAAAACGCCAGGCCAGAUUUAUUAUGAACAGAUUAAAGAAGAGCAAAGAGUUGCAGAAGGCAGAAGAUAUCAAAGAAGUCAAACAGAAUAUCCACCUUCUUCGUGCUCCACAUGCAGGCCCACCAAAACAGCUGGAGGACAAAAUGGUGCAGAAGCUACAAGAGGAUGUGGCUAUGGAAGAAGACUCUUGAAAUGCUAUUAUUUUCUAUUUAUAUCUCUUCAGCAGUUAACAGCUCCUUACUGCCUCACCUGACAUCAUUCAGAACUGUGCUUACAGUUGAAGAGAAACACAUUUUAACAAAUAGUAGUCAUUUACAAUUUGAAUGAGUUUUGGUUUUAUGAAAAAUAAGAUACUGGAUACUGCUUUGGGUGUUACUUAAAAUUAUGUGAUUUCAGAAAACCUUGUCAGCAGGAUGGAGAAUAAGGCAUAUUGUUUGAGAUA